CACUUACUAGUGCGUGCGAGUUACAAGGUACGUAGUUGAGUUUAGGAAGCAGAGAGCUGGAAUGGACGUGGAAGGUUCUACCCGAUACUUGCUCCGUGCUGUUAUCUGCAUUCGACCUCGCUUCGGUUCAACUGUCCUGGCCGGCGGCGACCUCUCGCCGAGAUAGCAUUCGAUAAUUUGGGCGCGAAUGGCAGAAGGCACGUUCCGUUAAACAAUAAAUCAUGGACGGAAACCUAGCUCCCGAGCGUGACAGACCCGCACCGCUUGCAUCAGCGGGUCCAGCGGCGCAGGACGCGGCGCAGGAGGAGCGCGCUCAGGCGGACGCCGAUGUUCGGUCACAAGGCGACGUCGCAGAGUGGCCAUCGGCGCUCGACCAGCUGUCGCAGCCAAACUCGUUUCGCGCGGACGACUGGGACCUGGAACAGGGCGACAGCCGAGAUGCCGACGGCGAAAGCGGGGAGGCUUAUAACGAGAGCCGAAUCGGCGGUAGCGGGAGAAGGGGACGGUCAGUGGGAGCGAGCAGCAGAGGGGAAGGCGGGGAUAGCAUGCGCAGAGACAGAGGCGGAGAGAGGGAAGAGGGGGACAGUCGAUUUAGAAGUAGCAGCGGAAGGGGAGGGGGGGAUAGGGAAGGGGAGGCUUACGUGGUGGAUAUGGGCGUGGAGAUGGGCCGGCAGGAGACUCUUAUGCACGGCAUGGCCGGCAAACCAGACGGAAACCAGACAAACCCUGUCGUCGCUGUCAGAAGCAUGGUAAACGCCGCCGUGAGAGACGGUGAGAGUGAGAGCAGCGCUGACUCUUACCGGGACGCGGAGAGCUUCUCGUCUUCUGGCGAGUCUAGCCUUAACGAGUACGGGCAGGAAGGCGAGGAGGAGGAGAAUCUGAGCAGCCACGCUGGCGACGACGAAGAUGAAAUCGGGGAGGCUUAUAACGGGGGGAAGAGGAACACGUGGCCGUUGCUGGUUGACAUGCGGGAGUUGGGUUGGUGGCGGCAGGUGGUACUGGUGCUGCUGGUGGCGGUGGGUCUCACGGGUGUCGCUGCUGCCAUGCUCACUGUGGCCAAAGUGGGCGAUCUGCUCUUUGUGCCUGCGCCUGUGUGGCUCCCCACUGGCCUUUCACUCUUCGCUGUCUUGGCACUGGGUUACCGCAUCUGGCCUGCUCUCCUCCUCUCAGGAACAGCCCUCUCCCUCACCUAUGGCGCCCUCCACGUCAGCCUGCCCCGGCUCCAGCUCAUUCUCUACUCCCUCAUUUUAGGCACGGACCGCACCCUCUUUGUAGUCAUCCUCGCGUUCUUCCUGAUGCGCUUCCUCGGGCGCCGACCCACUGACCUAACCCCCCUAGACCGGGUCUCUGACACCUUCCGCCUCUUCUUCUUCUCCCUCCUCAUCUCCUUCAUCUUCGAGGGGAUCGUGUCGAUCGUCCUGAGCCUGAUCCGAGCAGAAACGCCGGAGGAGGCCGCCAUUACCGGGUGUUUUCGGACACUGGCGAGUUUUUCAGGGAUUAUUCUCACGCUGCCGUUACUUAUGCAAGUGUCGUUGUGGAAGCGGCGGUCCCAAGGAGCAGCACUACGAAUCCAAGCCGCCGCCGGUCCGCCACAGUCCCCAUCCCAUUCUCCCUCCCACAACUUCACCUCUCCCCAAUCUCCACACUCCUCACACUCCUGGCGCCUCACCCUCCUUCUCCACCACCUCUCCACCCCUAAAAACUGGGAAUUUUUCGCCCUAGCCCUCCUCAACACGGGCGUAUCUUUCCUCAUAUUCGCGCCAGGCACCUCCCCCCUCAUCGUCUCCCUCCCCUACAUGCUCUUCCCCGGGGUGCUCUGGGCGGCGGUUAGGUUCAACCGCCACGGCUCCGGCCUCAUGCUGCUCCUAGUUGUGCUGAUCGCCUGCUGCUGCACCGCCAGGGGGUGGGGCCCGCUGGUGCGGGAAACUGCGAAUGGGACGAUUCUGCAGGUGCAGGGGUUUGUGGUGACGGUGGCGGUGGUGGGGUUGCUGGUGGCAGCGGCGGUGCGGGACACGAACCGGCUGCGGAAGGAGCUGCGGCGGCUGAAUGCGAGGUUGGAGGGGGAGGUGCAGAGGCGAACAGAGCAGAUCCGGCAGUACAACGAGGAUUUGAAGAAAUCAAAAGAGGAGCUGGAGGAGGCGGGGAGGGCGAAGACAGAGUUCUUGGCCAACAUGAGCCACGAGAUCCGCACUCCCAUCCACGGCAUCAUCGGCAUGACAGCCCUUGCCAUGGACACCCUCGAGUCCCUCCGCGCCAUUCCAGUGCCCGCCCUCACCACUCACCACUCCUCUCACUCCGCCGCUGCAGCAGCAGCAGCCUUAGCAGAGCGCAGCGACCUGACCUUGGAGGUGCACGAGCACCUCACAGUGGUGGCGCAGUCGGCAGACUGUCUGCUCAAUAUUGCCAAUACGGUUCUGGACCUGGCGAGGAUCGAAGCGGGGCAGCUGGCGCUGGACCGAGUGGCUUUCCGGCUGAGAGACGUCGUUGGCUCUACCAUGCGCAUGCUACAGGUGAGGGCGGAGCAGAAGCAGCUGGCCUUCUCAUGGCACGUGGCGGAGAAGGUGCCUCUGGAGCUGAUGGGCGACCCGGGCAGGCUGCAGCAGUGCCUCAUCAAUCUUGUGGGCAAUGCAAUAAAGUUCACAGAAGCAGGGUCAGUAACCCUCGAGAUCUCCCUCCUCUUCCGCAGCAGCAGGCACCAGCAGCACUGCCAGAAGCAGGGGCAGAGGAAGAAGGACCGGCAGCAGCGGCACCACCGCCGCCACAAGUCGUCCAUCCCACACCUCCAGGGGCAAGAGCAGGGGCAAGAGCAGCAGCAUCCAGGCCACCAGCGGCGCCAGCGCAAGGUCAUCCCCCGGUCUGUGACGUGCCCUGUCACUCCAAACGCUCCCAAUUCUGCUCCUCCUGCUGCUGCUGCUGCUGCUGCUGUGGGCUCUGUGGCUGCUGCAGCUGCUGCUGCUGCCGCGUCGAAUGUGCAAAGCAGACCCCAGUCAAGGGACGGCGUUCUGCUGUCUGCUUCCGACAAGGUUCCCGGAAGUUUCCUCGCGUUUCUGGGGCGGUCUUUCACCAGGAGAAGAGGAGCGGGCAGGAGGGAGGAGGGGGUGGAGAGGCGGGGAUGGGAGGGAGGGGAAGAGAGAGUACGACCAGCAUCUAGUGAUGCGUAUGCUGCUCGUGGUGCUGCGCCAACGGAUGGUCUAGGCGCUGAUAUAGCAAGACAGCUAUCACCAUCAACAGCAGCAGCAGCGGCGGCAGCAGCAGCAGGGGAUGCUGCUGCUGAGGCACACACCAAUCCAGACUCUUCUACCUCUGGCUGGCAUUCCGACCCUCCCAGCCGCCCAGGCUCGUCCCACCGAGCCACGCUCGGCAGGUCUGGCAGCCGCCGAGCCUCCCUGUUUGGCCCAGGCAAGCGAAGCCGCCGCGGCAGCCAAGAGUUGGCUGAGCUGGGAGGGGGGGUGGGGGUGUAUCAAUGCCUUGACUCCCAAGCUGGUGAUUGGUCGGAACCGGGGAGUGAGGGAGUGGUGGAGAGUGGUAGCUUAUCCGAUGGAGAGUCGUGCCGUGGCAGUAGAGCGAGGGGUGGAGAUGGCGGCAGGGACGAUGACAGGGAUGACGUGCAAGUGCCCAUGUCUCGAACGCGCUCCAGUGAGACGCGCAGCAGGCGGGUGGAUUUUCUAGACGUGGGUUUGGCAGGGAGUGGGAGGAGUGGGAGGAGUGGGAGGAGCAGUGGCAAGUGGAGCGAGGGCGGAGCGAGCGGCAGGCGAGCAGGGUCACGGGGAGGGUCACGGGGCGGCAGUGGGUUCUUUGCCAGAGCGAGGGAGGAGAGGGAGAGGGAGAGGAGUGGGAGGGACAGUGAUGAGGACAUGGGGUCUCCGCAAGCUCAGAGAGUGCUGGAUUUCAGAGACACAGGCGAAGGAGAUAGAGCUCAAGGUGGCAUGCACUCGUCCCUGGCUGCAGUCCAAGCAUGCACUGCUAUGGACGAGGGCAUGCCAUGCGCUCCCUUCACCUCUUUCCUGCAGCCCAUGGGUCGUUCUCUCCCUCCCUCACAACCCAUGCCUGCACACCAGUCCAUGCCAGCCCUCGCACCUGCUUCCGCACCUGUUUCCGCGCCUAAUUCCGAGCCUAGCUCCGAGCCUGCACUAGCCCCGGGCUCCGCUCCCGUGCCUCUGGUAACGCAGCACAGCAACAUUUCCCAGGUUAGCGACUACUCUUCUGUAGAGCUCAGCCGGAAUAGCAGCGCAAGGUCCCAGGUUUUCCCCCCCUUUAGGGCUGGGGCGUUUCAAGGGCAGCCUCUGCUCUAUACGCCCCAGGGAAAAGUUUUGGACAGGUGUGAGAGUGACAACCUGGUAGGGCCUAGGGAGAGCAGGGGAGGGGAAGGUGGAGGAGGGGUAGGAGGAGGGGCCAGAGGAGAGGAGGGAAGCAGAGGGAAACGAGCAGGCGGUAUGAGUGUGGGAAUGAGUCUGAAGAGCAUGCUAUGGGGUCAGGCGUCUAAUGUGAGCACCCAGCAGCUAGAGAUAAGCGAAGACGAGGAGGGGGAGGAGAGCCGAGAAGCAGCAGGAGUCAGAGAGAGGGAGGAAGAGGAGGGAGAGGAGGAUGAGGAGGGGAGUGAGAGUGAGGGGGGGUCGGUGUGGCUGCUGGUGGCGGUGCGGGACACGGGGAUUGGCAUCAGCCGGGAGAAGCAGGGCGAGAUCUUCCAUAACUUCGUGCAGGCAGACACGUCCAACACGCGGAUGUAUGGCGGCAUCGGGCUGGGACUCAGCAUUGUGCAGAGUCUGGUGCAUAUGAUGGGGGGCGAGAUCUGGCUAGAGAGCGAGCCCAACCACGGCUCGUCCUUCUUCUUCACGGCUCGCCUCAGCAGAGCCGCGCCCGGCUCUGCUCCCAUCUUCGGCAGUGGGCUCACCUCUUCCAUCAUCCCCGAUCCAGUCCCCACCUCCCCCUCUCACGUCUCCUCCCCCGCGCACUCUGUUGCUGCCACUCCUGGGAGUCACCAGCAGCAGCACUACCACCACCACGACCAUCAUUACCAGCAGCAGCAGCAGCAGCAGAAGGUGCUCCAGCAAGGGUCCAAUUCUUUCGAUUCUCGUCCUCAUGCAUAUGCGUCAGACAUGCACGCGGGCAUGGCUAGCCUGCGCAGCAACCUGCCCCUAGACAUCCCUGCCACGCCAGGCUCCAGCCACGGGGGCAGCGGCAGGCGCCUAUCCUCCCGAGGCGGCCCCGGGGGAGGCUUAUCUAGAGUAGGCAGCAUCUCAGGUGGGGCAGAAAGAGCACGAGUGGGGGGAUCAGGAGGAGCAGCAGGAGCAGGGGCAGGGAAUGUAGAUUACUCCAGCCCGCGAACGCAGCUGAUAGGAGCUCUGGGCAUGGGUCUUCCCCUGGUCCUCCCGAGCCCUAUGGCCUUCUCAGGUCCCGGCACUCGCAGCGGCCGCUACUCCAACCUCGCAUCCCCAUCUCCCUCCAGCGCCCACACGGCCACGGCCGCCCCCUUCAGCAUGCGGUACGCACCUCUUUCCACCCCGUCCCCACGAUCAGCGGGCAUAUGGAGGGAUUUGGAGCCCUCUCCGCAUUGGUCGAGGCCUGUGAGUCGGGAGGGGAGGGCCAGGGCGACUAGAAUGGCACCUGGGGGAGGGUUUACUGGGGGGGGGAUUGCAGGGGGGGGAGGUGGGAGAGGUGGGGAUGUUGGGACUGUUGGGGGUGUGGGGGUGGGAGGAGGGGUGGGAGGAGGGGUGAGAGGAAGUUGGUUGAGGCAGAGUGCGAGUGGGGAGUCAGGUGGAGGAGAUUCAGGCAGGGGGGAUUCAGGGAGGGGGGAUUCAGGGGAGGGUGGGCUGCUGGAGGUUACAGUGUCUGGUGCUGCUGGUGGCAUGGCAACUGCUGCUGCUGUCGCUGCUGCGGCUGGCUCUAUUGCAGCCGCUGAUGCUGCUGCUGCUGCUGCUGCAGGGACGGGUCCGAAAGCAGGAGGCGGGGGAGGAGUACAAGUAGCACGAGUACCAUCAGGAGCAGCAGCGUUGAAGGUGGGAGGAGGUGUCAUGGAUGCUCAUGCUCCACGUGAUGGCUCCGAUGUAUACUCAGGGGCAUCGUCUCCUUCUGAGGAUAGUGCUUUUGACUUCAACGUUUUCAAUAGAGAAAUGCAGGCGAAUGCAGCCCUGCCCUCCCCUUCAGCUGCUACUGCUGCUGCUGCGUCGCGCUACUACCACUCCAUGCCGAUCUCCCCAACCCCCAUUCUCUCCCACUCUGCCUCUGCUACGCAGUCAGGCAGCCAGAGAUGUGGGGUAGGGGGACUAGAGACAGGUCAAGGAACAGCCACUGCAGCAGCAGCAGCAGCAUUAGCGGUGUCAGCGGCAGCACCACGUGCCAUGUUAUCUGCAUCCGCAGGAGCGUCACCAGCAGGGGCACCAUUGGCACCAGUAACAGCACCGCACGCGCUAGCAUCGGCGUCACCGGGAGCAUCAGCAGCAGCAGCAGCAGCAAGCACAGGCGCCCCACGGCCACAGUCCCACCACGCCCCCUCUGCAUCCACCAUAACAGGCAUCAGGCUGCUGGAUGACUGGGGAUUCAUGGCCCCUCCCCCGAUCUCACACAGCAUGCCCUCUAUGUUUCCCAUGCCCGCCCCUGCGUCUGCUUCUGCUUCUGCUGCCACCACUCCGCCUACUAUUGUCAUUCCGUCGUCUUGGGUCCCCUUCGGUACAGGUACCUCUCAGCAGCCGCCGCCGCCGCUGCAGCGGCGGCCUUUUAUGCAGCAGCAGCAGCCUUUGAUGCAGCAGCAGCAGCAGCAGCAGCAACAGGUGCUGGUUGGUUCCCGCCACAAACCCAGCGUCAGCUGGAGUGCGGAGAUAGGUGCUAUAGCUGCCACUGCAGCCACCGCUGCUGCUGCAGCAGCGAACGGACCUGCUGCUGGUGGCUCUCGAGGGGUAGGCAGCAGUGCUAUCGGUGGGGGUGUUGGCGGUGUUGGUGUUGGCGGCGGUGCUGGCAGUUUUGGUGGUGGGGCGCUCUCAGAUCCUUCGCUCUACUCCAAGGUGGCUUCUGGCAAUCCGGAUCUGCUAACCGGGGGGUACUCCCCUCCCCCCAACAACGCCUCCUUCGCCUCCUUCCUCACUACCUUUGCCUCUGGCCCAGCUUCCGCUGCAGCCCCAGCUGUAGCGCCAGCUCUUGCGCCAGCUGUACCACCAGCUACUGUAGCCCCAGCUGCAUUAGCACCAGCUGCUGCCGCAGCUGGCUGUGCAGCCUCAGCCUCAGCACCGGGCUUCAGUGCAGUGCCACACUCUAUGCCUGCAGCUGGUCGUGAUGGUAGUAGUGGUGGUGUCAGGGGGGUUGGUGGUGCUGGCAGUGGGGAUGGCGGCCAGAGGAGCAACACCAGGAUAUCUGAUCCACAAAGCCAGGCACAGAGCAGCAGCAGCAGCAGUGAUGCUACUGCUAGUAGAGAUGCACAGCAGCAUCACAAUGGAUCUGUCAAGAUCACAGGGCGCAGCAUUAGCUCUAACACCUUCAACGAUGCUGCUGCCACCACCACCGCCAGAAACACCACCACCACCACCACCACCAACGCAACCACCAGCAACACUGCCACUGCCUUUGCUGCCAGCCUGGUAUCCCAGCUGCGGCCAGUCACACCGGGCCACGUGAACCCGUCUCCAAGCUCCGACCAAUCACGGGCACACAUGUCAGCCUUGGCUGGUCGGUUGCACAGCGUGCGCAGCGAGGAGCGAGGCCGAAUCGCGUUCGAGGCGUCUCAAAUACACGGUGUGCGGAGCGAGGGGCAGGCAUAUGGUGUGCGGAGUGAGGGGGAAAUACAUGGUAUAAGGAGCGAGGAGCAAGGUCGGGGCAUUGUUGACGAUUCGGCAGUGCAUGCCGUGAAGAGCGACGGGGGCCAGGCUGGACGGAUUCCCAACCGCAGCAGGCACAGACUGCAGCAGCAACAACGCCAUCACCACCACCAGCAGCAGCGACCACAAGACACACACUCCACUGAGCAGCAGCAGCAGGAGAAGCAGCAGCGGCUGCUGCAGCAGCUGGAGUUGCGCAGUCGAGUCUCGGCGCAGUUCUACCAGUUCCCCCCGCCCCACCUACAACCCCUUUGGCCGCUGCCCUCGCACCGCCUCGAGCACCGAAGCUCCGACCCAGGCUUGGUGGCGAGGCACCUGGCAGCCUUGGAGUCUGCUGUGGCGAGCUCGUGGCCCGGGAAGGAGAUGGGGGAGGGAGGAGGGAAGCAAGCAGCAAAGCCUGCAAUCCAACCCUCUGCCUCUGGUGCCCUCAAUCCCCCCCUCAAGCGCCAGCGCCCGCUCCUCACUGCCACUUCCCUGCCCCCUCCUGCUUCUCACGCCUCUCGGUCCUUCGCCUCUGCUGCUGCCGCAGCUGCUGCUGCUUCUGCUGCGGCUGCUGCUUCACGUGGAUUCUCAGGUGCCGGCUCAGGUGGUAAGUAUCCUGGGAUAUUCCGCACAGGUUCGGGAGUGCCUGUGCUGGGCUCGGGCUCUGGAGCCUCCCCUGCUGCUGGCGUCGGUGGUAGUGCAGCAGAGAGAGAGGCGGCGUCAGUGGCUCUGCUAAAGAAGAAGCUUCAGCUGAUGUAUGACCAGCACGACGGGCAGCACGAGCGACUCCAGCACGAGCGACUCCAGCACGAGCGACUCCAGCACGAGCGACUCCAGCACGAGCGACUCCAGCACGAGCGACUCCAGCACGAGCGACUCCAGCAGCAGCAGCAGCAGCAGCAGAAGCAGCAUCUUCAGUUGCUUCCCUCGAUCCCUCCGUCCUCCACCCUCCCCUCUGCUGCCUCCAAUCCUCACUUCCCCUUCAGCAGCAGGAGCCUACGCCCCUCUCCUCCCCAAUCUUCCUCUGCUGCUGCCACUGGUAUCCCCCCUUCUGCCCCCCCCUCAGGCCUCCCCCCGCAUCCCCAGUCUGCUCUCAUGCGCACACGCUCAGACCCCUCCCAACUCCUCUGUGUCCCCAGAAAGCCUCGGGACCGGAGCCCGGUUCGGCCCCGACCUGGACCUGCAGGUCCCGAGCCUACACCUGGCCCAGAGGCAGGUCAGGUAGCCAGUAGCCCGAUGGUGGGUUCAGGCACAGGUGUGCCGACAGGCUCGGAAAGCAGGGCCGGUUUGAGCUUCGGGAGCAAGUCAGCCUCGGUUUUGGUUGCGGGUCCGAUUCUGGGCGGCAUGAACUUCGGCAGUCGGUCGGCAUCUGGAGCCGUACUUUCCAGGAAGCUGAGUCGAGUGAGGGAAGGGGAGCGGGAGGGGGAAGGGUCGCAGAGGGAAAGAGAAGGGGACGACGUCAUGGGAGGGGAAGAGGUAGGGGGGGGAGAAAGGGAAGGGGAAGGGGUUGUGGGAGGAAAGGUGGAAGGGGGAGAGGAAGGAGAACGGACAGGGCAAGAGGCUGGCAACAGGGAGAGGCGGGAGGAGAAGGUGGAGGGUGCAAGAAAUGGUGUGGGAAUGGCCUUGCUGCAAGAUUCUGAUGUGGGCAUGGAAGCUGAUGAUGCGCCAACAGCAUUGAAGCAGCAGCAGCAGCAGCAGCAGCAGCAGCAGGGGCAGGGACAGGGGCAGGGGCAGGAGAAGCAGCAGCAGGCAUCGCAGCCAAAUUCGAAUCCAUGGAACAUCGCACUCUCGCCAACAGACCCCAACCACCCUGCCACUCUCUUCCCCCUCCUCCCUCCUGCUCUCAUCUCCCACCACCCACCCCACAAUCCCCUCCCCCGCCUGGCCCUCCCUUCGCCACUUGACCUGCCCCUUUCCCAUCAGCCCUGCCUCGCCUCCCCUUCCUUCAUUCCCAGCUCCACCCCGCCCCCACUUCCUAUGCCCAUGGCACCUACUAUCCCCUCUCAACUCCCUCUCUCUACUCCUUCUGAUGCUUCUAUCCCUGCUGCUCCUGCCACCACUGCCUCUGCUUCUGCUGCUGCCAUGGCCUUGGCUGCUCGGUCCACAGCUGUGAGUGGCCCUGGCUUGAGAUCCGGGUGGUCGGAAUUGUCACUACAGACUCAAGACAGAGAAGCGGAGGAGGGUGUGGGCCCUGUGAGAGAGGCGAGUCGGGUGGAGAAGGGACGGACGGCGAGUGGGAGCAGGAGGAGCAGUGAGAGCAGCAGCAGCGGUGGCGGUGGCGGUGGCGGCUGUGGUGGUGGCGGGUUGGGUUUCAGUGGCCCCUGGAUCGACGCCUCCCGCACUCUCGACUCCUCCCGUACUCUCGAUUCCUCCCGCACGUUUGGCUCUGACGUUUGGACGCCCACCACCACUGGAUCCGCCUCCUACUUCCACUCUUUUGCUACCUCUUCCACAUCCACCACCCCCACUGCGCUCACCCCUGUGGAUGGCACCACCCCUGCCACCAGUGCUGCCAACACCCCUGUCGAAGGGGCCACUCCCAGAACGCCUGCCGGCACCACUGCUUUCAGAGCAGCCCUGAAAUCACCCGCCACCCCUGCUGGGUCACGGGGAACCACUCCAAGCACGCCCAUGAGCAGCCAUGGCGGAAUGGAGAGCAGGAGCAGUAGCAUCUCUGACGCGCCUCAAACGAGCACCCCAAACACGCCUGUGAGUGGGAGAGGGGCAGGCAGCAGGAGCAGCAGCAUGAGCCUGUCACCCAUUGUGCUUGGGCAGGGUGGCGGAGAGGGCAGUGGUGUUGCUGGCAAUGGUGGUGCUGCUGAUACAGGAGUGCAAGCGAGUAACAGCUCACAGCAGCACGACACACAGAAGCAGCAGAGAAAGCAUCACGGUCAUCGUCACCAUCACCAGCAGCAGCAGCAACAGCAGGUAGUCACCAGCCCUCCUGCAACAUCGGCGGCCAUAGGUGGUAGGACCGGCAGCAACCGACACAGCAGCAGCAGCAGGACAAGCACCCAUGAUCCGGACACUGCUGUUGCUGCUGUUGCAUCCGCCCCGUCCUCCUCCUCCUCCGCCUCUGUUCGAGUCACAUCCAUGGGCAAACUCACAACCGCAGCAACAACAGGAGCAGCAGGAGCAACAACAGGAGCAGCAGGAGCAGCAGGGCGGAAAAGCACCCCGUCUGCUGCUCUCUCAGGGCUGCGCAUUCUGCUGGCAGAGGACAACCUGGUGAAUCAGCGUGUGGCCAUGCACAGCCUCUCCAAGCAGGGAGCGCUGGUCGAGGUCGUGGGAAAUGGGCAGCUUGCUCUCACUGCUGUGGAGGAACAGGCGGCGUCGUUCGACCUCAUUCUCAUGGACAUCCAGAUGCCUGUGAUGGAUGGGCUGGAAGCCACUCGCCGAAUCCGACAGCUGGAAGCGUCCAGAAGGCGAAGGUCCAAGGGCCAAGAGGGGGGGGCAGGGGGAGGGGGGGGGAGGAUAGGGAUAGUGGGGCUGACGGCGCAUGCGAUGGCGGGGUACAAGGAGCAGUGCUUCGAGGCGGGUAUGGACGGCUACGCCACCAAGCCCUUCCGCGUCGACCAGCUCGUGCGCGCGAUUAAAGCUGUGCUGGACGGGGAGAUUAAUGUGGAUGGCACUAAGUAAUGGGGAGACUAACCUACUGAUUAGUCAUGGUAGAGUAGAGUUGCCAGUUAGCUUUGACUAAUGUUCUAAGUUCUAACAUGAACCGGGGGGUUAGCCUUGACCGGGGGGGGUUUCAAAUACUUUCAACUCCAUUGACUAAUGACAGGAAGGAUUAUCGAGCUGUUGUAACAUAAUAUGUAUUAUAUUCA